AUGCCAGCUUUCGAUUCGCCGCCGCGAGAGGAUCCCAGAUUACUUCUGGUUUCCAAUCGACUCCCAAUCACGAUUAAACGCUCGGAUGAUGGCAAAUACGAUUCCUCAAUGUCGUCGGGCGGCCUGCCAGUUGUUCCCGGAUAUUGUAUCGACCCAGACAAAUUCUCCGAAGGAUUGAAGAAGGAGAAAGUACAAAAGCGAAUUGCUCAGCUGGAGCAAAAGUUUCAAGGCGUCAAGUUGAUGGUGGGUGUCGACAGACUGGAUUACAUCAAAGGCGUACCACAAAAACUGCAUGCUCUUGAGGUAUUUUUAACAGAUCAUCCAGAGUGGAUUGGCAAGGUUGUGCUUGUCCAGGUUGCCGUUCCGAGCAGACAAGACGUUGAAGAAUAUCAGAACUUGAGGGCAGUCGUUAACGAGUUGGUUGGGAGGAUCAAUGGGAAGUUUGGUUCGUGCCCGCCCAGGUUCCCCCUAUCCUCACGUUACGGGCAUGGAAUUAACACACGGGCUUUAGGCACGGUGGAAUUUAUGCCGAUUCACUUCAUGCAUAAAUCCGUCAACUUUGAUGAACUUAUUGCGCUGUACGCAGUCUCGGAUGCUUGCAUCGUUUCAUCCACCAGAGACGGCAUGAAUCUUGUGUCGUACGAGUACAUUGCAACACAGCACAAGCGUCACGCUGCCUACCAAGAAGCUGUUACGAUGAACGAUGAGCAAAGAGCGCUUAACUAUUCGAAGUUGGAGAAAUAUGUGCACAAAUUUACUAGCGCAUUCUGGGGCCAAUCAUUCGUCUCCGAAUUGACCAGAAUAUCCGCACACGGAGAGAAGAAGCUUCUUCUCAGGCGAUCAUCUUUAGCAGCCAACGCGGCUGAAGUCGCCAUCAACGGUGAUGCAGACCUGUAG